AUAACCCUGGCCUAGAUGAUGGAGAGUAAAGCUGUAGCAGGUUAUGUGUGGUUGAGGAGAACAUUUGUCAUCUCUAAUCCUAAAAAGGCUAGAGGAACUUAAUAUCCCAUUUGAGGACUGCAGAGGCCAGUCUUAUGACAACGGCACCAACAUGAAGGGAAAAAACAAUGGUGUUCAGGCAAAGUUGCUUCAGCUGAACUCAAGAGCUUUUUUUGUCCCAUGUGGUGCCCACACUUUAAAUCUGGUUGUAGCUGAUGCUGCAAAAAGCUCACCAGAUGCCCUCGGCUACUUUGGGCAUUUAACUAAGUUAUUCAAGCUCUUCUCAGCCUCCACCCAUAGGUGGGAUGUCCUCCUGAAAUAUGUGAACAUCACCUUGAAACCAUGGGCUGAGACCAGUUGGGAAAGCAGAAUAAAAAGCAUCGAGGCAGUAAGGUAUCAGGCUGGGCAAAUCAGAGUAGCUCUUUUGGAGGUGAGGGAAGCAACUGCAGACCUUGUGGUAAGAGUUGAAGCCCAGUCUUUGGCUGAGGAGAUUGGAUCCUAUCGCUUUUGCAUUUGUACUGCCAUACGGUAUGACAUUCUCAGCAAGAUCUGGUAUGUCAGUAAACUGAUACAGUCACCCUCCAUGCAGCUUGAUGUGGCUGUCGACUUGCUGAAGAAAACCAGAGAUUCCCUCACCAGUUACAGAAACACUGGAUUUUCUGAUGCACAGACAACUGCAAAGGAGAUGAACGUGGAGGCUGAACUCAAACAAAAGCGGUUGAGAACCACAAAAAGGCACUUUGGCUAUGACUCUCCAGAUGAGCCCAUGCAAGAUGCACUGCGCAAAAUGGAAACCACAUUUUUUAAUGUGGUCGUGGAUACUGCCAUCUCUUCUCUUGAUGAAAGAUUUCAGAAUCUUGGAGAGGUGAAUAACAAAUUUGGUGUGCUCCUCAAUUUCCCCUACUUAGGAGAAGACGACCUGCUACAGAAGUGUCAAACUUUAAGUACUGCUCUGACCCAUGACAGCCAGCCAGACAUUGAUGGCACAAAACUUGCAAAGGAAAUGCAGAAUUUCCCACCAUUGCCAUCAAAGAAUAUGACAAACAUGGAACUCUUGACCUUCCUGCAUGAGAAGAAGCUGGCAGAAAUUUACCCCAACAUAUGACUUUGCUGCAAGAAAGACCAGGAGAGUAAAGCUGUAGCAGGUUAUGUGAGGUUGAGGAGAUGGUGGUGUAGUUCGUCAUUCAAGUUAAGGCAGUACCAAAAACCACCACCAGAGGUCUUUGUAAGAUCACCUUUUUGUUAAAAUUUUUAUUUAAAUCCUUGUAAUUUUUUGUGCCUUGUAAUUUUUUGUGCAUACUGGUUUCUUUAAUGUCUUAUUUUGUG